GAGGAGAAUGCGUAAACGUCCUUAUAACGUCUGCAAUGUUUUGGUUGUCGAAAAUUACUAAUUUGCAACCCUUGUGAGGGUAAUGGAACACUCCUAUUCUGGGCACGUUUGGUGUGGAGCAAAAGGAGGAGGAGGAUGCUGGCUGACAGAGCUGCCUGUCACCCCCUCCAGGAGCAGGAAGAUGGACUGUUCCAGGGAGCCAUCAUAGAUGAUGGAAGCAGAGACAUAGAGCUCCCAGUACACAAGCCAGCAGAAUCACCAGACUGCGGGGAACACUAGCUGCUGUGUCUCCCUAGACAGACUUUCUGCCAGGAUUUCGUCCUGGGACAACCAUUUGAAGCAUAUAAACACCACAGAUAUAUGUAACAGUACUGCAAGCUUCACCGAUGCCAAGUUGAUCUGGAUGUCUCCGGACACCGGGCAAUGUGGGAAGACUGUCUGAAAAUGAAAUUCACCAUGAUGAUGGAAACAGCAGAAGCCAUGCAUUGAAGAGUUUUGAUUGGAUGGAGCGCCACCUAGCGGCUAGAUGUUGAAGUGAUGGCUUGUACAUGUUGUAUAUGGAUACAGGUGUAGCACAGGUGGGGGCAUCGUUAGACUACAUACAGCACCAGGUGAAGGCAGAAGCGGAUGACAUUGGCUUCCUCAAGUCUCUUCUCUUCUCUCAACAUUUACACAAAAUUAUACCGAUUUACCGUUGUAUGGAGAAACUGAACAUGCCGGCAGCGGGCCCAUAUCUUGAGUGUGCCACAGGAUUAACAGGGGAGCUGCUGGAAGACUUAAGCCCCUGUCGACAUCACCCAGAUGUAGCAGAGCUGAUAGACAUCUUGUCCUACCCGCACAUGCUGACACUGCUGUGUGCUCAUGACAGUAUAGCCUGUAAGGACUACGACCCGCGCCUUCCCCCUAUACCUCUGGAGGUGGACGAAGAUGAUGAGGUCGUUAAGGUUGUGAAACUGAUUAAAAAUAACGAACCACUGGGUGCUACCAUCCAUCAGAAUGAGAUAACGGGAGUGAUCGAGAUAGCGAGGGUCAUGAAAGGUGGUGCCGCUGACCGAAGUGGUUUAAUUCACGUGGGAGACCAGGUUUGUGAAGUGAAUGGAAUCUCAGUCCAGGGCAAAACUCCAGAUGACAUUUUGGAAAUAUUGACAGCUUCUGGCAACACGGUCACGCUGAAGUUAUACCCUGCCCAAGACACAGUGUCAUCCCAUAGAGAAAGCACGAUGAAGGUGCGAGCGCUGUUUGACUACAUACCCAUACAAGACGAGCUGAAUCCAUGCCCAGAGGCCAGUCUGAGCUUUUCCAAGGGAGAUAUCCUCCAUGUUGUUUGUCAGGAAGACUCCCUCUGGUGGCAGGCCAAGAAAAGGGGAGAUAAUAGCAUCAGGGCAGGCUUGAUACCAAGUCGACAUUUACAGGAGCGGAGGCGUAUAAUAAAGUUAAAUAUGGUGAAUGGAUCUAGCACCCAAGAUGCAGAGAACAGCAGGAAAAGUCCUGUACUCAGCCCUUCAUCUAGCCCUGGUUUUAAACAGUGUCGUCGCCUGAAAAAGAUGAUGUAUUACGUCUCACAGAAUCCAGCAUAUGACCUAGAUGAGGUGGUAACCUAUGAAGAGGUGGAGCUAAGCUACCCAGUACCUGGCAGAUUUAGACCCAUUGUUCUCAUAGGAGCCCCAGGUGUAGGCCGGAAUGAACUGAAAAGACGACUCAUAGGCAGCAAGUCUGAACAUUUCCAGGAUGUAGUACCAUAUACAUCAAGACCUAGGAGGCAUCCGGAGCAGGACGGGAAGGAUUACAACUUCGUCUCACGAGAAGAAAUGGAAAAAAAUAUUUUAUUACAAAAGUUUGCUGAAUACGGGGAAUACAAAGGACAUCUAUAUGGGACAAGCUUAGAAUCCAUCAGAUCAGUCGUUACAUCAGGGAAGGUGUGUGUUCUCACACCGCAUACACAGGCUUUAAAGUUUCUACGCACCCGGGAAAUUCAGCCUUUCAUUAUUCUAGUGAAGCCCCCAAUUUUAGAGGUUCUCAGAGAAAGUAGACGAGCGCAUCAAGCCCGAGCGACUAUAGAUGAAAACCAAACCAGGCCUUUUACGGAUGCUGAUUUUGAGGAAAUGCUGUCUCGCACCCACAAGAUUCAGAAUCAGUAUGGACAUUAUUUCGAUUAUGUGAUAAUCAAUGAUGAACUAACAGUAGCUGUGAAUGAACUGAUUCGAAUUGCACAUUCCAUUGAAAACGAACCUCAGUGGGUACCAUUGACGUGGAUCGAAACAUAAUUUGAAAUCUGGAGUAUAUUUUGGGCCUUCUUCAUGGAACAUUGCAUCAGUGUUGCCAGAGAUGAUGGCAGAUGUGGAAGAUAUGCAUACAUUUUACACUGGGAGUGGCCAAACCUGAUUUACUACAUGAAGUGCAGUACAUGACAAGCAAGUUGCAUAUUAACAGAAAGCUCCAAGAGCAAUUCUGCUACAGUAAACAUCCUAAAUAAAUGUUCAGCAAGAUGUGUGUCAUCUGUAAGAUUUAUCACGUUUGCUCUAUGUUUUCAUUCAUUGUUUGUGUACCUGUACCAAAGUCAUGUGCCAAAAAGCAAUUACGUCUCAGAUCAAAGGGACAUAACCAUGAUGUAACAUCACAACCCAAGAGCUCUAUACUUAUUGCCGAUUUGGCGUUCAGCCAUAAUCAUUGAUUUUGUUGUGUAAGAAUUGCCUUGUAUGUGUAGAACAUCCAUCACCGCUUUUCAGCCUUUUUCAGCCAUUGUUAAAGAGAAAGAAAACUUGCUAUAUGUACUAGGGUAUGAACAUGUAAGAAUGUUUUCAAGGUAUUGUUCCUUGAUCUGUCAGAUCUCAGAUUUAAUACAUACAUGUAGAUAAUGUUUAUUCUCUCUUUGAGUUUACUGAUUGAUAAAAACAAACAGCGAAUAAAAGAGUUGAAACAAA